GCGGCUGCCGCGCUGUCUCCGCCGAGAGCAACGGGCGGCCGGGGACCCUGCCGGGCGGCCUCGUCACCUCCGGCCUCAGCCUGCCUGCGGCCCGGCCGUCCCCCCGUGCCUCUGCGGCGCUGGGCUCCACUGCUGCCUGCCUGACACAAGCGGGGCUGCUUUCCCUAAUGUUCCUCGGCGUUUUCCCCUGGGUUCCUCCAGACUCCCGUGCCCUCUUSUCGCUUGCGGGACAUAAGGGACAUUGUUGCGUGAUAGAAUGGAUGAACAAUCACAAGGGAUGCAGGGGCCUACUGCUCCACCUUUUCAGCCACAGAAAGCCUUACGACCUGACAUGGGCUAUAAUACACUUGCCAAUUUCCGAAUAGAGAAGAAGAUUGGCCGUGGGCAGUUCAGUGAAGUUUACAGAGCAACCUGCCUGCUGGACGGGGUACCAGUGGCUCUGAAGAAGGUUCAGAUAUUUGAUUUAAUGGAUGCCAAAGCCCGUGCUGACUGCAUCAAAGAAAUAGAUCUUCUUAAGCAACUGAAUCAUCCAAAUGUGAUCAAAUAUUAUGCCUCAUUCAUUGAAGACAAUGAACUGAAUAUAGUGUUGGAAUUAGCAGAUGCUGGAGAUCUCUCUAGAAUGAUAAAGCAUUUUAAGAAACAGAAGAGGUUGAUUCCUGAAAGAACAGUUUGGAAGUACUUUGUUCAGCUUUGCAGUGCCUUGGAACAUAUGCAUUCUCGUCGUGUUAUGCAUAGAGAUAUAAAGCCAGCAAAUGUGUUCAUUACAGCUACAGGAGUAGUAAAGCUUGGAGACCUUGGUCUUGGUCGAUUUUUCAGCUCCAAAACAACAGCUGCACAUUCUUUAGUUGGUACACCUUAUUAUAUGUCUCCAGAGAGAAUACAUGAAAAUGGUUACAACUUCAAGUCUGACAUCUGGUCUCUAGGCUGUCUGCUGUAUGAGAUGGCUGCACUGCAGAGUCCCUUUUAUGGUGAUAAAAUGAACUUGUACUCUCUGUGCAAGAAGAUAGAACAGUGUGACUACCCACCUCUCCCUUCAGAUCACUAUUCAGAGGAACUGCGACAAUUAGUUAAUAUGUGCAUCAACCCGGAUCCGGAGAAGCGCCCAGACAUCACCUACGUGUACGAUGUAGCGAAACGUAUGCACGCACACACUGCCAGCAGCUAAACAGCCAGCAGAGCCCGAGGAAAGGAGCAGGAACAACCAAGUGCUUUAAAUAAAUCAGCCCACCUCUCCGCCUSUUACACCAAUGUAAUUAUUUGAAGCUUACUGUUGUGCUUUGAAUUGUAAACCAAUUUAUAUACAAGCUUUGUUGUUUUCUGUUUAUUUCUGGGUUUUGUAUUUUUUACUAACUCGCAGUUGUACAACCGAUUUAAAUGCUAAAGGGUCAUUUUAAGAUACCGUGAGCCACUGUUUCCAUGUUAGUGGGUUCAAGUAUACUUUCUGGAAGAACAAAAUUGUAUUCAGUUGGGCCUCAGUUCUAAAACACAGUUGCACUUUUGCACAAGAUACAGAUAUUGGGCUUAUUAUCAAGAAGCAAAAUGUCUGAAUCGCUCACCUUUUUAGUAAUUUAUGGAAAGUAUGAAUCAGCACCGUUAAUUUUAUUUUAAUCUUUGUUCUAAGAGGAACAUAAUUAUUACAGGAGCUUAUUGUGCUUUAUAUUGAAUCACCGUUUGUAGUUCUUGCUGUAAAAGUAGACAGGUGAUAGAAUUAGCUCUCUGCUUGCCAAAUGCAAUGAAAAAAUAGUUUCAGAAAAAAUUAUGCUGAAAUUUUUGUAACAUCCCUUUUUGUUUUGUUAUUCUCUCAUAAUACACAUGAAACAUUUGUUGGAGGUUUUCUGGGAAAAUUUAAGGUGUUGAUUCAGCGAUGGGGUCGUUUUAAUAGACUUGUGCAGCACUGCCCUGGGGCAAUGGGAGUCUGCAUAGUUCAGUCUUAAAACCAUGCAGAUGCUUCUUGUAGCAAAUAAGGUUCUUUUGAGGCUGUCAUUUGARCAGGUCUGAUUAAAAGAUGUGAUGUCUAAGCUACAACUUCCCAACUGUUUGUGURUAUGUCACUGUUUGUAGAUUUUUUUGUUUAAAAUAAUUUGAGUGGCCUUACAUAUAUUUAAAUUUUAGUAUUUUUUUCUAAAUACUGAAAUCUUUUGGCAAAGAUAUAAUAGUCUAGUAUAACACAAAAUGUAUUCUACCUAAAAAUAUGAUUUUUGUAUACURUAUCCUGAGACUUAGUUUUAUAUUUAGCAAAAGUAAAUUAUAGCUUUUAGGUUUAAGAGAAAGUUGCCACGCCUUAAUUUGGGAAAUAAYUAUAUAUGCAAACUGUCUUACAGAUACUUCAUUAGUUGAAAUGCUGAAUAUUUUUGUUAGACCUUAGUGCCUUUUGGGGUAGGCUUGUAUAAUAUUUCCAUAGUUAAGGAAGGAGUUUGUCUUGUUUUUUAAAUGUAGUAAAAAUGGAGAAUGAAAUGAAAUUUGAGUUUCAAGACUGAGCUUUUUUACAGAACUGUUAAAACGUAAUUAUUAUCAGUGAUAACAGCUAAGGAGCUGUUAUGGUCAGUUAAAUAUUUUUUUUAAUGUGGGUAAAAAGUUAGUUUGAAUAAAAGCAGCAGUAUGUACAUACACAUAGAGGUGCUAGAUGCAGUCACAUCCCUGCAUGCUCAGAUUUUUUUUGCUUGUUUGUUUCUCUGUGCAGCUGUAAUUUUUAUUUGAUGUAAUGCUCAAAGAAUAAAAAUCCAUUUGUGGAAUUUGUGUUCAAGGGAGGUCAGGGUUGUUUUUGGUUUUGUUAUUUUUUAAAACUACAAAUACUAUGGAAAUUGUCUUUGGCAAAAAAAAUGGGAGUUUUUGAAUGGUAUGUGCCAGAUCAUCAGCUUAAUACAUUUUUAAUAUGUUUUCUUCCAGAUUUUGUAGGACAACUUCUAUGAAACUGUAGUUUUCCUUCUCAGUUCUGUGUGCAUUUAAUCUUAUAGGGCUUCAGUGGAACAAUUUGUUGGACAGAAGUAUUUGAGAAACUUUGGUUUGUGUUUAGCAACUGCUAGAUUUGUUUCAUUUAUUACAUGGUUGUGUAAUUUAAAACAUGAUGGUUAUGUUCUAUAACAAUGUUUCAUGUAUCAUAGAAUGAAAUGCUUUGUAUUGAAAAAGGCAGCACAGUAUUUGCUUUACUGCCAGAAUUAGCUCCUAAAAUGCAUAAGUACUCAAAUAAUUUUUUGUUCUGAGAUGUGCUAGACUGUUUAAAAAAUAACCAGAAACAACCCAAAUCCAACACAGGCUAUUGGUAUCUAAUAUUAUGCAUCAARUAUGGAACUUCUCCUGAAAGAAACUGCUAAUAGAUACUUCUCCCCUGGAAGGGUACGUGGAGUAAAAGAAUCAUGAGUUAAGAGUUAGCAAAUGUGCAUACUUCAGCAUUUAAUUUUUUUUAGCCAUGUGGAUUUUUUUUUUAGUAUUUAUGAUUAAAUCUUGUGCUGAGGAAAAGGAAUAGUUGUUCCUGCAUUAUAAUCUAUGAAAUGAAUGGUGCAGAUGACUCUGGUACCAAACUCUAUAAUUACAAAAUGUGGGUUAUUAAAACUGCUUACAUAAGUGGGGAUUGUAGAAUCUAUACCUAAAGUACCUGGUAACAUAUGAAAAUGCUAAGUCUGUUACAACACUGCAGUGUAUGCUAUGUGCUUAGCAAAUAUUUUCUUUUAUAAACCGCCAUUCUAUCUUCAUAUGUUGAUGAUAUUUGGCACUAUUUAUUUUCAGCUACAGCAUUACGUGUUUAUUUUCUUUAAAGAGAACAUGUUACAUUUCUACCCAAAAUGUCUGACCAGCUGCUCCUUUUAUUUCAGUAAUGCUCCAGUGUUAACUUGUGUCAGGAGUGAACUUUGUCCUUUGAAUGAUAUUGCAUAAAAUCUCCGUUGUCUCGAAAGCUCCCCUGCUGUGCAAUAGUACAAUAGAAAUAAAACAUAUAGAUAUGAAAUAUAAUGUAAAAAUUACAGUGUUUCUAUGGGAUUUUUUAAACUUGGCUUUUCAGAUAUAUAUAUAUAUAUAUGUUACAGUAAAUGCUACUGCCUAUCUUGUGGACAUCUUGCUGCUUCCAGUAGUUCAUUCUAGGUGAGAAGUGACUGUAACAAAAGACACUACAUUAAAAAAAAUUAAUGUUUGUAUUAUUUGUUUAAAAUUGUCUAAAAAUACCACAUCCAGUAGGUUGURUGUUUUUAUCUAAAAUCUGAAACUGAAUUUAAAAUUACUUUCAGACCAUAUGAAAAAACGUGAUAAAGCAUAAAAAUAACAGAGAGCUCCCAUUAUUGCCCUAGUCCUGUGAGCUCUUGUUUAUAUGUAGGCUGGUUUUUAUGUAAUUUCAGUAAUUUUGAGUGAACCACAUCUGCACACAUGAAUAAACAGUAAUCAAUAGGGUAGAUAGAGAUGACGAGUUCAGCUCACUUCUUUUACUCUCUGCAUGCCACGUUUGCUAGCAGGGAAUAAUGUGGGUUUUUUCCCCUCUUCUGUUGCACUCCUAAUGAUCCAGCUCCCAAUUGUAUGAGCAGGUAGUAGAAGUGUGUUGUCUUUUUGUAAUGAGCAGAAACUUUAAAAACAUGCCAGUGUACCAGAAGAUGAAAUGCAGUAUUAGAAGUGUCUGAGAAGGCUGGUGUUUUAUUCAUGCUCAUGAUUAAGAAAGCCUUAGAGUGAAAUUCUUGACAGAGUCUUGGAAAUGGAGAACUUUUAUGCCAGUGGUUCUCAGAUAGCUCUGAGUGGGACCCAAAAUCGCAGUGAUGUUUGUUUUCAGCAAUCUGUCUGCUUAAUCUCUCUUUGCUGUUGUACAGUGUGGUGAGAAUCUGAACAGCUGAAUUGGAAUGCUGGUGAAUGCUGCAUUGGGUGUGUGAGCCGGUGGGAACUGGAGGUGAUGGGAGCCGGAGUCAACAAAGGYCUUCAGGUCUUGGUUUGUGAAGAGUUCAGUCUGGACAUAAAGGUGCUGGAUGGCAGAGGUCAAAUCACUGUUUUUCCAUAAYUUUUAAUAUUCUUUAAUAGUCUCUAUCUGCUCCAACAGUCAAAAUUUUCCCAACCCAGCCCUAUCCCCACAUUAUCUAGCCAGUGGCAGUGUUGGUCUUUUGAAUUUCUGAUCUCUGGUUUAGUCUGGGUGAGGAACCAGAUCUUCCUGCAAAGGAGRGAAAAAGAGGUGCUGACCCUGCUCAGUGGAGUGUUUCUGAACAUGACUCAAAUAUAGUUGUUUAGGGUUGUUUUUCAAACUUUAUUUCCUUCUCUGAACCUUAGUUCCCUUCUCUGAUGCUUUUUAAAAAGUGUUUUCCAUUCAUAUUCACUCCUAAAGUUCUAUGACUCCUGUCUCUGCUUCAUCAGUCCUGUUGCCAGCUCUGCCUUCUCCCUGACAUGAAGUCCCCUGUGUCUAGUUUUCCUAGUGGUCAUUWGUUUGCAUCUUCCUUUGUGACUUUGCUAAACUCAACCCGUUUCUGUCUUUUCAUAAUCUGUCCCUCCCCAUGGGCAAGCCCAGUUCUUUUCUCCCAGUCAGUACUUAACUCCAUUGUUCUUAAUGCUGUUUCUCCAGCCCAGUGCUGUGAUUUCUGGUUUUAGACAGAUUUUUUCACUGCUUCAAUCAUUCCCAUGACCUUGUCUUUACUAAAUACUGCUCACUUUAUUAUCUCUCAUUUCUAAAUUCCCUUUCUCUGAUCACUACCUGCUCUCUUUCAGCUUAUCUGUCUUUCUCUCUCCUCUACCCUGUCACUCACUCCUUUUGGGAUCUCCAGUCUAUUAACCUUUUUGACUCCUUCAUCUUCUCAGCUGCCUCCUUCCUUCAUUGGUCUCACUUCUUYUGACUCACUGGUCUUUAUUUUUAUCUGUAUCUGCCUCUCUGUACAUGGUUUCUUUGGCUGCUUCUCACAUUGCCCUGUCUCCAUUCCUCCCUCCAGACAUUUUCUCUUGUAAUUUCUUAAUUUCCAUUCCAGCCUUUCUGAAUAUCUGAAGAAUGUGUCAGCACAAUACAGCUUUGGACUYAGCUUUGCCUUACCUGCUUUAAUCUCUUCCCAAAUGGACUUUUUAACCACUUUUAUUUCACCUAUUUCUUCUUGUUGAGCUUACUUGCAGAUCUGCUGUUCAUUUUAGUUCUCUAUUCAUUCUUGAUACAAAAUCUUCAGUCCUGAUUUUUUUGCAUGACUAGAUCCUUUUCAAAAUUGUUUUUAUUCUCAGGAUCUGUUUCUGAGCAAAGCUUUUCUGCCUCUUAACUCAAAAGUUUGCCCCUUUUAUUUCUGUAUCUUUUAUGCCUCUCGUUUCCUUGAAUUACAUUUUCCUUCACUAGCAACCAAAUUUCUCUUUCAUCUGUCUUCAAGGGGGUGGUAUCCAUCAUCCGAUGUCUGUUUUUUAAUGCUUUGUCUUUUUUUCUCCCUCUCAUCUGAUUUCAUGUGCCCGAACACCCUCUCUUCAGUUUGUUUUUGUAUUUUUUGUGUUACACUUUAUUUGAAUGCCCCAAAAAUCCAGUGCUUCUCCCCCYUAGUCUGGUUCUCCCAUGGUUCUAUCUCCAGAUAGAACAGGCUCAGACCUGUUCAGAUUCAAAGAUCUAAUUUUCAUCUCUGACUGCCUCUAGACUAUUUUUUAACAUCCCUGACAAUUUUACUUGCCUGUUUUCCAAGGCCACAACCUUUCUAUCUCUGACACUUCUCCCAUGCCUGUGUAUCAAGUCUCAGAGUUAGAUGUAUCAGAAUCCAGCCCUCUUCASUAUCUGUGUUCUUUCUUAUCUUUUAUCUUCACUCAUUUAACCUCUGUGUCAUUUUGACUUUUUUCCUCCCUUCAAAGUAUCAAAAUUGACAGGACUAAACUGUCAUUGGACUUGCACUGUUUUGUGWGCUGAAGAAGGCACUGCACCAAAUUACUAUUUGUUUUGUGUUUAAAGAGAUCUGAAUCCCACAAAUCUGGUCUUAUUUCAGUACUGUAGAGGUGGAAUAGAUUCUGUUUUCUCCAARUACUUUGAAAGUCCUUGAAUUCGGACCUUUAGUUUUGUGUCUUUUCAGAUAGRGAUUUUUCCCUUAAUUGCUUUGUAYUGACUGUGUGUAACUUCGUCUUGUCUCAUUCCUGCGCAUACAGUUAACAGUUGUUUUCUUGUUUUAGCAAKUUGAUUUUAGUCCUUUUAACUAUUSCUUGAAAUAAGAACUGCCUGAGAGCUUCCCUGGCUGGACCCAGUGUUGGGCACAACGCUCCCCUUUGUUCCCGUGCCACCUAGACCCUCUAGGUCUAGGGCUGAGCUCAGUGCUCUGCUGCUUCUCUAUCCAUUCUGCCCUAAAAUGAAACCAAACCAAGCCUGCCUCUAGUGGGUGCAUGGCUUUCUGUUUAGGUGCACAGUCUGACUGCACACUCCUAGCAGGCUUUCAGAGGUGGGAGGCUGUAUGCUUGCAGAGAUCCACUGUUGGUUGAAUGGUCUGGCCUUUGACUGCUCAUAGUUAUUCUCACUUACGUUGAGACUGAGAAACAAAAUUCUCUGUAAAACCCAGAAGUUUGGUGUUUUGAAAGUGGGGAGUGUAGAGCUGAAUGUCAGAUUUGGUGUGGGUAUACACACAUUCAUUGAAUUUUUAUUUGCACUAGAGUAAUUACUUUGUUUUAGAGAAUCAGUUGYUUGCUGGCACAAAAAAAAAUUCUAGAAAUUGUCAGGUUUUAUAUUUAUUCCUUGUUGCCUGUUUGUAUCACAUAACAUUAGUUCUUCUACAGCUGCCUUAGUGAUGGGUAUAAGCCUUACAUCUUUUGUCUAAUUGCAAUUUUCUGUCACAUGGAGUGAAAAAUAAGAAAUUAYAGGUACAUUGAGUCCUUUCUGCUGGUUCCACUUGCUUUUCAUUUAAGCCUCUUUCUAUUCUAGCAAUAGAAAGAGGUCUCAAACAGGAAGAGAAAUGGUUCCCAGGAUAGAAUAAAGAUGUUAAGGGGUUCCUUACUUCCGUUUCACCUCCCAGCCCUUCUUUGGCUUCCCUGGGACACUUGCAGGGAAUAUGGCACUGCCAGUGUAUUGAGGGUCAAUAGAAACUUACUCAGUGUAGACAGAAUAUAUUCUAGUUAAAAAUUACUAGGAAUUUAUUUGGUAUUCUUAUACAGCUGAAAAUUGCAAAUGUGUAAAGAGCAAUUAAAAAAAAUCUGUGUUUGCUGUUACAAAAAGAAUUUUAAAUCACGCAAAGGCCUUUUAWUGUGGUAUUGGUAUUCUUCUGUACACUUAAUUUGCUGCUUGUUUCUUUGAUUUCAGUCAUGCUAGACUGUUGUAAAGAUGAUCAUUAAGAUGAGUUAUUUUGUUGGGAGAGGGGAAAACAGAAGGCAUUCACUGAUUUGUCUGAGUUUGGCUGCUAAUUGUGCUUGAAUCAAAUUGUGUGAUUCAGAGUGGAAAGGACCUUGAGAGAGGUCUCUAGUCUGGCUUCCUGCUGAGAGCAGAUUCAGUGCUGAAUUCAGAGCAGGACUUAGGCCUUCAGCAAGAUCUAGAAAACCUCAGGGGAUGGUGAUUGUGCAGCUUCUUGUGGGCAGCCUGCUCCAGUGCUUCAUUGUAAACCUUGUUUGCCUUACAUGUGGUCUGAAACUCCUCGGUUACAAGUUAUGGCCAUUCUUUGUUCUGCCACUCCUCAAAUGUUCUUUAUAUUGCAAAAAUGGUAAGUCAAGUGUUGGAACAAAGAGAAAACUUAGGAUGUUUUAUUUUUUGAAAACUUGUUGCUGACAAAUAAUUCGCGUAGUACUUCUGCAUCCUGUAUGAUGUGUACACUGUAUUCAUUUGCAAUUCGAGUGUAAAAUAAAACUUUUGGCAGUAAAACUUGAUACAAAAGUUCUGUGGUGUUUAUGGCCUGGAUUUUCUCAGUUAUUGCCUUUCAAAUCUCUGUGUUUCCUGGCAGAUCACAGUUCUGCCCAMCUUGGUGAAGCAGGGAAGGUGGGAAGCCAACAUGGUGAUUAUGGGAACUCAAGUUUUAAAGUCUCAAGUGUUGGUGAAAGCUUGCCUGGAGAGUAGUAAACAGUAGUUUACUACUCAAAACAGUAGUUUUGGUAAAUUUUGCCCUGUAUUAAAUGAGAACUCAAAAAUUGAAAUUUCCGAUCACAAACAUAUUGGGAGUAAGUAAAGAAUAUGGCAAAUAGAUUCAAUUUCAAAUUUGCCAAAUUCUUUGAGGAAAUUGUUUCUGUAAAUCAAGAAUAAUUUCUUGAUGUUACAGAAAUACUUAACAGUUAUCAGUGUGAUAGGAGGGUGAUGUGUGUCAUUGUUGUACUGGAGCUUUUACAAGGCCUAUGUUCAAUUCAAAAGUAAGAAAAGAAAAGGAGUGGCAAAUGAUUCAGAGCUUUUACUCUUGUGGGAGAAUAUUUGAGAAGGUUAUUUCAUAUUUCAGGAUUCAGUAGGCAUUUUUAUCAGUAAUAAUUUUUGUUCCUUAUUCUGGAACAAGUCAUUGUUUUAGAUUGUGAUUUUUUCAUACUGUGAUGUGUUGGRAGUAAAUGUACUGCUGUACUUUUCCCCACUGGAAAAGCAUUUUUCAGAGGUGUAGGAAGUGUAGUUGCACUGAUUUCAGCCUCCAAAGGAGGGUGUCUUGCUUGAGUCUGGUGUGAGCAGUUAAAAUGCUGCUGCCUUUGGCUGGAAGGCAGAAGCACUGCUACACAGCCAUAAGACAACUUUCUGAGGACUACCUUAAAAACCUUUACUGAGUUGGCAGGAAAGAAAGGGAUCCUAAAAUGUCGUUAUUGUGGAGAGUGUUUUUAUGUUAUGGCCUGUGAGACAGACUUUGGAAAUACGGGGCYUCCAGCUGCAGGAUGCACUAGGCUAAAUUAAGAGAAAAGGCUCCUUUCUCCUUUAGCURAGAGGUCUGUACUGCAUGUUUGGGGCUGAAAUACAGCUGAACAAUCUUGCCUUGAGUGGGAGACUUUCUGUAGGUUCUUUGCUUGGAACAUCCAAUAAUAGUAAAUCAGUAAUUUGAAGAACCUUGUAAAGUCAUCUUGUUUCCAUCUUGUUUAGUUGUUCCACUCCAGAGCUUACAUGGAUACAGAGAUGACUUCAACUGCUCCAUCCUUGUAUAACAGAAAUGGGACAAGGGUUCCCCUGUUAUGUGGUUGUAUUUUCCUGUGGSGUUUUUUGGUGUGGUGGUUGUUAUUUUUUGGUGGCUUUUGUCUGUUUGCCACUUCUCGCCUUAAAACAGUAAUAAAAAUUGUUCCAUACAUGUGGAAUUUAUAUACAUUUACACAUACAUAAACAAGACUUACAAAACAGCAUUCUUCUUUGUGAGAGGAUCUGUCGUGACACAGAUUUUCUUGCUGUUGGCUGCCCUUGGCUGUCACGCUGCCCCGUUGUGAAUGUGAGAGUAUUUUCUUUGUUCAAAUCUAAGGACUGAUCCUGUGAACAUAAAAUGCAACGUGUACACCUUUAACAAAAAAUCCUGCAUACUGCAAAACGAGGCAAUUAUUUGCCUUUUCCAGCCCCUGUAUCCUGUGUGUGGGUACCUGUGGUAAGUGUGGCCGGGAGCAAGGCUGGUGCUGGCUCCAGCAUCAUUAACUGGGAGCCUGCUGACACUGGCCAUUGAUCCAGCAGCCAGCACGGGGCCUCUGGGCUGCUGAGUUUCCUCCCCCAGCUCCUGCUUCUCCCUGGGGAUARCCAGUUGGAAGGAAUGACCCACUUGCCUCGAGUUUUAGAAGCAGUGGGCAGUUYGCUGUGAAUUGUCAGCUCAAGCAAAAGGGCAGAGGAUCAUGUGGGUGACCCUUACCUGUUAUUGGUGUUCUGUAGCUGUGGCGCUGGGCCAUCCCUCACAAUGUCACAAAUCCCAAGAAGACCUUGUGAAACUCCUCCGAUGCAGUAACUAGAAAGCUGUCAUCUUUUAAAGUUGUAAGAUCCAAAAGGGCAGUGAUUGUUUUGAGCUAAAAUGCUUUUAAAAAGAAGUUCUGCCUGUGUUCAUGAUAUUAGGCAAUCUAUUCAUAAAACUGCAUUUUAUUUGAAAAUUGCUGUAUGUUUUGUUUUCUGAGAGUGCACAUGUUGAUGACAACAGUCCCAGAUGGAUGUUCAGGUAAYAUCCAUGAAAUGGAACAUAUUGCUUCUCAUAGGUACCAUAUUCUUCCCAUUUAUUGUUUCUUUCAGUCUUGGAUGCUUUAUUUAAGCAGCACUGCUAACUCUAAAAACUGCCACAGAUUUUAUAAAAGCAACUUACACAUACUCUGUGUGGUAUGAGAACUUUGUGUAUGUUUUGCAAUUAGUGACUUGACUUUCUUACAGAAAAAUAAAUAUAAAUUAAU